GGGGACUUUGCAGCGAACUCGCAGAAGGCGGCACACAGAGCCGGGCCGGAGGGCACCUCGGGUUUGGAGACUCCGCGUGCCUGUCGUGCGCUGGUGCCGUGCAGGCUGCUGGGAGAAUGGGUUUCCUCUUCUCUUCCCCAAAUGUGUGGGGGCUGUCAUUGACCUGGAGUAGCUGCAAAACUGAAGUCGCCGAAUGAUGAUGUUGUGAAAUCGCCCGUCCGUUCCUGCCACGCCCGGGCGGUUACUGGCAGCAGCGGCCGCUUCUGCUGCUCCUCUCAGGCUGCUGCCGCUUUAGAGGCUUCUCUCCGAGCAAGCGCGUGCCAAGGACGGAGGACGCCGGACCAUUCCUGUCAUGACCAUCCUAGGAGUGAUAAUCACAUGAGAGCACUCAUUGCUCCAGAUGUCAUUUGACCAUCAAAAAAAAAAAAUCUGUUUAAAAGAAAAUAUCCAUUUGACCAGAACCUUUCUUUAUUGAAUGGCUUGAUGGAUUUCCUUUACUCUGAUUCAAACCAAAGCUGUCCUGCUCAACCAAAACAAGAAAGGAUCUUGCAUGAGUCAAUCCCAGAAUGCCACUUCUACAUCACCGAUGGGUGAAGAAAACCUCAUGAAUAUCAAUCACAGAGACUCAGAGAGCAUCACUGAUGUGUGCUCCAAUGAAGAUCUCCCUGAAGUCGAGCUGGUGAGCCUGCUAGAAGAACAGCUACCCCAGUAUAAGCUAAGAGUGGACUCUCUCUUUCUAUAUGAAAAUCAAGACUGGACUCAAUCCCCACGCCAGCAGCAACAUGGAUCUGAUGCCCUCUCUCCAGUCCUUGCUGAAGAGACUUUCCGUUAUAUGAUUCUAGGCACAGACAGGGUGGAGCAGAUGACCAAAACUUACAAUGACAUCGACAUGGUUACACAUCUCCUGGCAGAGAGGGAUCGUGAUCUGGAGCUAGCUGCUCGAAUUGGACAAGCUCUCUUAAAGCGGAACCAUGCCUUGUCUGAGCACAAUGAAGCCCUCGAGGAGCAAUUGGGACAAGCCUUUGAUCAAGUUAAUCAACUGCAGCAUGAGCUGUCCAAGAAAGAUGAGUUACUUCGAAUUGUCUCCAUUGCUUCUGAAGAGAGUGAAACUGAUUCCAGCUGCUCUACACCUCUUCGCUUCAAUGAGUCCUUUAGCUUAUCUCAAGGUUUGCUGCAGUUGGACAUGCUGCAAGAAAAGCUCAAGGAACUGGAAGAAGAGAAUAUGGUUCUUCGAUCCAAGGCUUGUCACAUAAAGACAGAAACGAUUACCUAUGAAGAGAAGGAACAACAGCUUGUCAGUGAUUGUGUUAAAGAACUUCGUGAAACAAAUGCUCAGAUGUCCAGAAUGACUGAAGAAUUGUCUGGGAAGAGUGAUGAACUGAUUCGUUACCAAGAAGAGAUUUCCUCUCUCUUGUCUCAGAUUGUAGAUCUUCAGCACAAACUUAAAGAACAAGUGAUUGAGAAGGAAGAACUGAGACUUCACCUCCAAGCUUCCAAAGAUGCCCAAAGACAACUGACGUUGGAGCUGCAUGAGUUACAAGACAGGAAUAUGGAGUGUCUGGGAAUGUUACAUGAAUCCCAAGAAGAAAUAAAGGAACUUCGGAAUAGAUCUGGCCCUGCUGCUCAUCUCUACUUCUCCCAGCCAUACGGAGUUUUUUCUGGGGAAUCUCUGGCAGCUGAGAUUGAGGGGACCAUGCGUAAGAAGUUGAGUUUGGACGAGGAAUCUUCUCUCUUUAAACAAAAAGCCCAACAAAAACGGGUAUUUGAUACUGUCAAGGUUGCCAAUGACACACGGGGCCGCUCUGUCCCAUUCCCAGCUCUGCUACCCAUUCCAGGCUCCAACCGUUCAAGUGUCAUCAUGACAGCAAAACCUUUUGAAUCUGGUUUACAACAAACAGAGGACAAAACAAUCCAGAAGAGUAACUUGGAGGAAGAUCCAGGGAACGUCCAGAAGUUCUGUCAGCCAGAAUGCUCUGCAGAGAGUGAUUUGGCUACAGCCCUGCAUCGCCUGAGUCUGCGGCGACAGAACUACUUAAGUGAGAAGCAGUUCUUUGCUGAAGAAUGGCAACGGAAGAUCCAGGCUCUGGCUGGCCAGAAAGAAGGGGGUAGUGACUGUGGCUUCCCCACAGAGAGCCUUGCCUCCCUCUGCACCGACCAGUCGGAGAUCACAGACCUGAGCAGUGCCAGUUGCCUUCGAGGUUUUAUGCCUGAAAAAUUGCAAAUUGUCAAGCCCCUUGAAGGAUCACAAACUCUGCACCAAUGGCAGCAGCUUGCUCAACCAAAUUUAGGAACCAUUCUUGACCCACGACCAGGUGUCAUCACUAAAGGCUUUACCCAGUUGCCCAAGGAUGCCAUCUAUCACCUCUCAGAUUUAGAAGAAGAUGAAGAGGAAGGUAUCACUUUUCAGGUUCAGCAACCUCUUCAAGUGGAACAGAAGCCAUCAAUAUCCCAGCCAGUAACAGGAAUCUUCCUGCCGCCCAUGACUUCAGCUGGUGGUCCAGUUACAGUUGCAACCUCAAACCCAGGAAAGUGUCUGUCCUGCACAAACUCAACAUUCACCUUCACCACCUGUAGGAUAUUACAUCCUUCUGAUAUUACUCAGGUUACCCCCAGCUCUGGCUUCCCUUCAUUAUCCUGUGGAAGUAGUGGUAGCAGUUCAUCAAACACAGCAGUGAAUUCUCCUGCUAUGUCCUAUAGACUCAGCAUUGGUGAAUCCAUCACCAACCGACGAGAUUCCACCAUAACCUUCAGCGGCACCAUGAGCUUGGCCAAACUUCUACAAAAGCAAGGCAUCUCUGCUAAAGCAUACCACAGCCCAGUUUCAGAGAACUCCCUCCUCCAGCCUCUCCCUAGAGGCCUGGCUAUCCCUUCCACGCCACCAAAUUCACCGUCUCACUCACCUUGCCCUUCUCCUUUGCCCGUUGAGCCUCGAGUGCAUCUCUCUGAAAAUUUUUUGGCCUCCCGACCAGCUGAAACAUUCCUCCAGGAGAUGUAUGGCUUGAGACCGUCCCGAAACCCUCCUGAUGUUGGCCAGUUGAAGAUGAACUUAGUGGACAGGCUGAAAAGACUGGGGAUAGCCAGAGUGAUCAAGACCCCUGCAGCCCAGGAAAAUGGACGAAGCCAAGAGGCAGAAAAUGGUCUUCAAAGACCAAACUCUGCUGUCUAUUUAAAUUCAGGUAGCAAUUUAUUGAGUGGACUGAGGAGGAAUCAGAGUCUUCCAGUCAUGAUGGGUAGCUUUGGCACCCCAGUUUGUACAUCAUCACCCAAAAUGGAUAUCCUGAAGGAAGACUGAGGUUCAGCAGUUGACUGACCUCUUAUACAAGUUAGCACAUGAAGGAAAGAUUUGCACUGAUACAUGUAGUCUUGUCUGAGAGAAAAGGAAUGUUGCAGAAGGGUUGUGAAUGUGGGAAGGGGAAAGUGGAAGAACGGAAACAGAAUUGGCAUGAGGUCUGUCUGAUAAAUUGAAAGUAUAAAUGAAUGGGUCAUGAGUGUUUGGAAGCAGAGAAAGAAGAAAUGUUUAAUGCUGUCCUCCAGUUGGUAUUUCUUGUCUUGAAAAUAAAAAGUGACUAGAAAAUAAAUUCAGUAAUAUUGGAACAUACCAGAAAUACUGAACUUGCUAGCACAUUUACUUCUGGUGAGCAUAAGCAGGGAGGACCCAGGUUAGGAGAUGGGAAAAAAGAAGGAGCAGCUUUGACCGUUAACCUUUAGAAAGCUGUUCUAGAAGGUUGCUGGAGUAAACUCAGUCUGUUACUGAGACAGCAGUGAGAUGGCUUAUCUGCUGGCCCCUGUUAAUGUCUGGUUAAAUUACACCUCCAUCAAAGAGUAUGCUCACUGCAUUAUCAAACAAGGAAUUUUACCUUUUUCAUAAGAUCAGACUAGUGGAGACUCCCUUUUUGCUUUCUGUUUUCAGGCCUUUGAGCCACUGGGAUCCCAAACAUAAUCCACAUUCCUUUUGCAUUUGUGAUUAAUAAGGGUUAAUUUUUUUAAUUUGUAUUUUUAUACAAUACCCCCGCCCCCCAGCAAACAACAUGAGUGGGGGGUAGGAGGGAUUUACUUAAAGGAAAAUAUGGGUACAUCGGAACCAAGGAAACUUGUUUUCAGAAUAUUUCUUCUGAAUAAGUGCAUUGGCCAAGGUGUAUGAACAUAAUUACUGUACAUGUCUUUCAAAUUUCCUUGGAGGCUGGAUGGGUUAAACCAGAAGUGCAAUCAAUAGGAAUUAGAGAAUGUUGUGUAUUUAUCUCUGUGAGUUUUUUUGGAAGGAAAGUUGGUUGCGACUAAACUUUUUCGAAAAUGUGCUAUGCAUACUUUUAAUGAAAGAUGACAUAUAUUUGCACAAAAAUUCUCAGGCACAGCAAAUUAUUAUAAACUGA